AUGGCGACUGGUGGUGGCGACGAGAAAGGAGCGUGGUACCAAGUGCCGACUUGGGAUGGGUCGCCAUUGACAUGGCGAUCAUUUAGAAGGGAGAUGACUUGGUGGGUCAGCAGCUUGGACUUGCAGGCCACGGCCAAGUAUAACUUGGCUGCUCGCUGGCUCCUCAGACAGACCGGCAUCGUUCGCCAGCGUGGGGAAGAGUUCAAUCCCGAUGAACUGCAAUUCAAGCCCGCUGAAACCUACACCGACCCUGUUUCUGGCGAACCUGUUGAGGUGACCCCUGCAGACUAUUUGUUUGGGUUGAACAAAUUGCUCACCGCCCUUGAAGCAAUCAACGGACAGAGUUUGUUGGAUAAGCGUGGUGAGCUUCGCAACUUGUUCUACUUGGAGUUGAAGCGGUCUCCCAAUGAGCGUGUUGCUGAGUUUUGCACCCGCUUCAGGACCUUGGCUGCCGACCUCAGUGCAGAGGGAGUUUCGAUUCAGAGCACUGAACUCGGCUGGUUCCUUCGCCAGAAGCUUGGCCUUGAUAGUCUGCGUCAACAGCUUCUUGAAACUGCCCUUGGCGGCCGCGAGGAGUACAAUGUCGUGGAGGCUGAAUGCUUGCGCCUUUUUAAGGACCUACAUCACAACGAUCCUCUUCGCCGCUUUGACCGACAAGGAGACCGUCCGAAGUUGACGAUUCGACGGCUGUUUCAAUCGCAAUCCCAAAAGGGACCAUCGUCUUCGGCAUCCACUAUCAGCCGAUCACCGUCUAUGUUCUCGGCGGCGACUUCGGCACGCUCUUCGAACUCUACCAGCACGAGACGUGCCUAUGUGACUGAGACUGAUGAUGGUCAUGAUCAGUCGCAUGAAGAGGUUUUGGAGACCGUGGCCGAGGAAGACCAUGCCGGUGAGCAAGCGGCUGAUCCGACCUUGGAGGAGGUCAUCCAGAGCGAAGCUGAGUGUUUGGCCACUGAACUUCAGGAGGCCGAGGAGCAGGGCAUCGAUCCAGGUGUCCUAGAGGAAAUGGAGUCUUCGUUUGAGCAGGCCGCUGAGGCCCUUGUCACGAUGAAGGAGGCGAAAAGCCGCUUGCAGGAGGUUCGCAAGGACCGUGGCUUCGGUCGAGCUGGAGCAGUUGGAGGUGGACGGCAAAACGCCGGAGUUCCAGCGGCCAGAAAGGCCUCGGGGAAGCAUCCAUGCUUCGAUUGCAAUCAGCAUGGUCAUUGGGCUGGCGACAAGGAGUGCCCUAAGCCUGGUGCAGGUCUUGGCCGAAAGGGCCCUCCAGCUGCCGCGAAAGCAAAAACGCGGCAAGUUCGUGUGACCGAAGCCUUCCAAGCUGAGCAUGUCGUUGUUCCUGAACCCCUUGCACCUUCACCAUCGAGUACAUCCACACCUUUGGAAAACCCUGGGUCCCCUCACGAGGUCAACAUGGUUUUGCACGGGAGUUCAACCAUGCCCUUGGGUCAAGCCUUUGAGCAGUCGUUGGCGAAUGCCUUGAACUCCACCCUCGUUUCGACCGCCGCACAGGACUUGCCGAACGAGAAGCACCAUGUUGGGGCCCUAGAUAGCGCGUGCAAUCGCAGUUGCGCUGGACCGACUUGGCUGCAGAGCUAUGUCUCCCAGCUUGAGAGUGCACCACCGUACCGUUCAUUCGUGCUUUACUUCACCAUGUCUCCGAAUCGGAGCGAUUCAAGUUCGGCAACGGAGGUCCCCAUUCCUUCGUUGGGUUGUUUACUCGGUCGCGAUGUGUUGGAUGCCCUCGGAGCUGUCUUGAACUUUGGCCAGCGCACCUUGCAGUGCACUUCAUUGUUUGAUGACUCCCAAAGGUUGGAACUCAAGCACAUGGCAGCCGGGCACUUCAUGCUGGAGCUCCUGCCAGAGUCUUGGCCAAGGCUCGGCCCCGUGAAAUGGCGUCGAUGCGGCCUUGAUGGAGUGCUCGAGUUGCAGUUGACCCCAAGAUCAUGGCUAGAGCGAAGAGUUGCUGAGGCACGAUGUUUGACUUCGCAUUGUCACUUCAUCGACGCCUUCUCGGACUACCAGAGCGACUACUUGCAGAACGACCUGAAGUACCAGUUCAUGAUGAUUUCACCACCGACAUCCACCUUCCUGUCGGACAUGGCUGCCUUGGAGGCAGCGCCGUUGGAGCCUUUGACUCCGUCGCUGGUGAAGAUCUUCAAGGAAGUGAACACGAAGGGCAUCGUGCCCUAUCGGUGGAAUCGGUUCAUCCUCCGCCUCGUCGACAGGAGGAAUUGGCAUGCAAGGAGCCUACUCAUUCAGUUCGCUUCAAGAGCUCACUUGCGCUAUUUGCCUUUUCCAUAUCCCUCGGUUUGCUCAGUGGAGCAAUGGCUUCUCCAGGCACAGUCAAUGAUCAACAUGAAGACUAUGAGCCGGCGGCACCACUUCAUUGCCCUCGAGACCGGUGGCUACACUGUGGAGCACCUGUUGGAGCUCGGGAGGUUGAGAGACCGAUGUGGCUGGAAGAUGGCAUUUGUGGAGGACAGUCUCUUGGCUGGAUUUCUUGCUGCCCGGAGCCAGAAGGGUCAGCGGGAGAAGCUUCGUGCCGCUGCCUUGGAGGAGACAAAGCAGAAGAUCGCCAAGGAGUCGGCCGAGAUGGAUCGCGAGAUCAUGGCUCGCCAGUUGCUUGGACCAAGAGGUGGUUUGCCGACCUUGCGAAGCGACUUGGUCAAGUUGGCGCUCUUGCUCAAUUUGACCCCUGGACCAAAGGAGACGGUGGCUCAGCUGCAAGGCCGCAUCCGCCCACUCGUGGACAUCUUGAAGAACAAGAACCCUCCGUUGCAUUCGACGCCCUUGGAGGUACCUCGUGCAGAUCCUCUCCAUCGUGUGACGCCCACGUCGUCCUCAUGGUCAGCCGUGUCCGGAAUGGAGGCACCGAAGGCGGCUAUGGAGCGGAAGCAGGAGGGAUGUCCAAUGCCCUCCGAACUUCACCAGAUGGAAGUUCGUGUCCAGGAGAUGAUGAAGGCCCAGGACGCUCGCUUUCAAGCUAUGUUGGGGGCCUCCUCUGUCAGCAAGCGCGGGAGCUUUUCCGGCGCCAUCCGAGGUGGGAACCACAUCUCCGAGCGAUGUGGUCAUGGACCUGACCAAGGACGACCUGUGAAGAAUUUCGACGACCUUGUGGACACCGUCGAUGGCAACUUCAAGAUUCAUGGCAAAGUGAAGAAGGGCAUCAGCCAGAUGAUCUCACAAGCAUGGCAUCAACAUCGACGAGACCAGAUCGCCCUUUCAGUUGGCUUGAAGGAGAUCAAGGAAGUCUUCAUGGCCACUUGGAACAUGGAGAUGAGAGAUGCUAUGAAUGAGACCUUCGCUGUGGAACUUCGCAUGCCCACUUUUCUCACCGAGGUCUACACCGACACUGAGCCUGUGGCUCAGGCGACUCGUCGCCAUGGCUUGGUUGCUGGAGAAAGCUUGACUCUUGGCACUGGUUGGGAUUUUCGACUUCCUGAUCAUUGCAAAGCAGCACUGGCAUGGAUGAAGCGUGUCAAGCCCUAUGUUGUGGUCCUUGCUUUUCCUUGUGGUGCCUGGUCACAGUUGUUGGCCCUCAACGCUUCCGUUGACCUUGACAGGCUUCGUAGUGAGGCUUUUGAGUUGGUAUUCUUUGCCAUCGAGGUCGCUCGCUUGCAGUUGAGAGGAGGUAGGCACUACUUGAUGGAGAAUCCUCGCUCCUCCAUGGCAUGGAAGCUUGAGAUUAUGGAGGACUUUGUGCAGUCCACAGGCGCCUUGGAGGUGGUCGUGGACAUGUGUCGUUUUGGUCUUCGGGCCCCUGACGGUGAACUUCACAAGAAAGCAACGAAGCUGGUGACUUCAAUGCAAGCCCUCGUGUCCGCCUUCUUGGACAAGCGUUGUUUGGGAGAUCACCGUCACACACCGGUGAUUGGAGGCAAGAAGAUUUCUACCGCGGCGGGUCACUACACCAAGGACUUCGCCGACGCCGUGGUCGAUGCCUGCAUGCAGCAGUACGACUUCGAGAACGCCUACAUCUUCAAGGGCUACAACCAUGAGUCCGAGGCUUUCACUGUUGAACAUGAGGUGAUGGCCGUUGGAGAUGAUGGCGAUUUGGACUCCGAGGCUUCAUUUGAGGUCUCCAAGGACGAUGAGCAGAAGCCCAUUUCCGCAGCGGUGAAGAAUGCCGUUUACCGCCUGCAUGUGAACACCAGCCACCGGAGCAACCAGAGGCUGGCGAAGGCUUUGCUGAUUUGUGGAGCCCCCAAAGAAGCAGUUCUGGCAGCCAAGCGGCUGAAAUGUCCUGUUUGCGCUGAGCGGCGCAACCCAAAGCCUAGACCGGGCAGGGAGUUUGUCUCCGCCGAGUUCGGCGAUUGGUGCGACAGCCAGAGCAUCUACCUGUACCACAUUGGAGUCGGUGCCCCUUGGCAAAACGGGAUCUGUGAGCGAUCCGGCGCUACUUUGAAAGCGUUGGUUGGUGCUGUUGCUCAAUCUCACGCCAUUGGGUCCUUCGAAGAGAUGGAGUUGACAGUUGGAGAGGCCGUGGCUUCCUAUAACUCUGACUUGAAUGAAGGUGGGGUGGCACCCAUCCAGUUGGUCACGGGCAAGAUUCCUUCGCCUGGUGGUGAUGUGUUGAACAGCUUCAAUGCCCGCCUCAGCGAGCACUCUCUCAUUGAGGCGAAACCAACCCUGAGCAAGCUGGUCGCGAUUCGAGAGACGGCUCGACUCUCGAUGAUCAGACUACACUACAGUCGAGGCCUACGGCAGGCUGAACUCAGUCGCUCUCGAGCGACGACUGGUGAAGAUCUACCUCAACCUGGCGACUUGGUGUUCUUUUGGAGAGCUCAAAAGUAUCAGUCCAGGAAGGAUGUUGGUGCUGGCACUCGUCGCAGGCUGAUGCUUCGACGUUGGCAUGGGCCAGGACUCCUCGUUGCUACAGAAGGUCGUCAUGGAACUGAUUUAGCUGCCAAUUGUUUUGUUUCCUUUUGCGGUCAGUUGACCAAAUGCCCCUUGGAGCAUGUGAGAAAGGCAUCCUCGCUGGAGAGCAUAGCAGCUGGUUCUUGGGAGGCGGCCAUUGAUGAGGUGAUCAACGCAGCAAAGAAUGAAGCUCGAGCUCGCGAGCAUGAUGACGGUUCUGAUGAACCUGAGCCUGAUGGACCUUUACGACCAUCGACGCCGGAGCAGUUUGCAGGUCAGCUUCAGCCCUCAGAGAUUGUGGCUGCACUUCAACCGCCAAGUUCGGCAGCACCCUCGCUUGUUGGCAGGACGGCCCCGCCAUCAUUGCUUGAGACCGCUGGCGAAGGCACUGAGACGCCGGGCACGGCCGCUCCUGGAACACCGGUUCCGAGCUUGAUCCUGCAAGCUUCCCAGUCGAGGCUGACGAGUCCUAUGGCAAGUUCGACUAUGUCCCGCACCUUGGAGCGUGCGAGAGCAUUAGAUGAAGAAGUUGCUGAACGGGCCGAACGUGGAGUCAAGAGACCUGCAGAAGGUCCACCUUUGGAAGCAGAAGAGCAUGGCGCCCGUCCUGCAUUUGAAGCCUUGGAACUCACCCAUGAGGAACUGCAGAAGAUUUCCGAUGGGGCGGACGUGCAUCCUUUGUUGAAGCUCCAGGCAAUGAUCGACCUUGAUCGCGACCUGGGCAACACUAUGAGUGAGCCAGACCAUGGCACAUGGGACGGAAGAUGGAGUCUCAUUUGCCAACGUGAUUGGGACACACUGCAGCGCCUGGGAGCGCAACUUCCUUCAGGAGCACCUCAUGAUGUGCUGGCACUUCAAACUGCUCGCAAAGAGUAUGUCUGGAGCAAGAUGUCUCCAAAUCAGAAGCAGCUGUGGGGUGAGGCGGCAGUCACUGGAUGGAAGGCCUACAUCGACAACUCUGCCGUUGAGGUCCUCUCGAUGCAUGAGUCCAUCCGCCUGAGCAUGAUUGAGUACCACGAGAACCUCGCCGAGGUCAUCUUGAGCAGGCAACGGAAGUCAGAUCCUAGCGCCUUGCUGGAACCACAUGAACACCGGCAGCUUAGAGCGAUCCUCGGAUCGUUGCAAUGGCUUGUGGCCCAGCUGAGGUUUGAUUUGUCUUUUGGUGUUUCAUCCCUACAGGGUGAAAACCCCCCAACAGUCGGGACUAUGCUCCGAGCCAAUUCCUUGGUUCGUGAGUUCAAGCGCACUGGAACCUUUGAACUGGUCUUUCGUCCGAUCGAUUACCGUUCAGCUGGCAUCGUCGCAGUCUCUGACGCAGCCUUGGGAAACGUGCAGCUGUCUGGCUCUUCUGAAGGAGCUGCCUCUGAGAAGGUCUACUCUCAGGCCUGCUACUACAUCCUGCUGGGUGAUAGUGCCUUGGUUGACGGAAAGCCGGGACAGUUUAAUGUCCUAGACACUCGGUCGCACCGAAUUCCGAGGGUUUGUCGUUCGACCUAUGCGGCUGAGACAUUGGCCGCUGAAGAGGCACUUGAUGCUGGGCAGCUGGCACGCGGCUUCUUGGCGACUGUCCUUGGGAAGGACAUGCUUGGUGUUCGCGCUGACAGCUCCAUGAACGCCGUGAAGAUGACCGGAGUCGUUGACGCCAAGGACGUUUAUGACAAAUCCAACAGUGACACGGCUUCCUUUGGUUCACAAAAGAGCCUGGCAUUCACCAUUGCCUGGCUCAGGAGCUUGUUGAGGCGACCCAACACCGCCUUGAAGUGGACAGCCACGUCCAACAUGUUUGCAGAUGCUGGAACGAAAAUGAUGAGUUUGGAUCACUUGAGAAAGAUCCUUAGCUCAGGCACCUGGUCGAUCUCCUAUUCACCGGAGUUCCAGAAGCAGGUCUAUAAGGCCAAGUCAGCAAAGCCUUCAAAGAGCUCUACAGCAUGA